AUGGCAACGGCCUCGUUGGAACCACACACCGUAAGGUUCUACGUCCGCGACGCGAUCUCCGGCCGGAGGAUGUUGGUGGACACGGGGGCGAUGCACUCGAUAUUCCUGCCAUCAGGAAAAGACCGUAGCCGCAAGCCCGACAAAACAACUGCCCUCGUCGCCACAAACGGGACCCCCAUCCGUUCCUACAGCACGAAGUCCCUCGAGAUAUCCAUCUUGGGGCGAAACUACAUCUGGGUAUUCACCAUCGCGGACGUCAGGAUCCCGCUAUUGGGAGCAGAUUUCCUGGCGCAGAACGGCCUCCUGGUGGACGUGGGCCACAAACGCCUCCUCGACACGGGGACAUACCUUUCCCUACCACUGGCAGGAGGCCCGGGCGCCCCUACAAUUUGUACCAUCGCCCCCCACAAGUACGGCAACCUCUUGCAGGAAUUCCCCAAAGUCUUCAAGCCAGAACUUAGUCAGGCGGCAGGGAUGCCGCCCAAGCACGGAAUAUUCUACCACAUAACCACCACAGGCCCCCCGACACACGCAAAGUUCCGACAACUCCCUCCAGGCCGCCUCCAGGAGGCGAAGCAGGCGUUCUCGGAGAUGGAAUGGAUCGGCAUCUGCAAGAAAGCAUCGAGCCUUUCGCUACAAUCCCCGACCAAUACCCCUUGCCAAACAUGCAGGAUUUGA